UCCACACACACUUCCAAUCCUUUCAAUUUAGAAAUCAUGCUCUUCACCAAGGUUGCUGCUGUUCUCGCCAUUACCCAGGUUGUCUUGGCUGCUCCUCAAUACUCUUCUAAGGAGCACACUACUACUGUUAGCAAGCAUCAUGGUAAUACCAGACAUCAUACCCACCAUGUCACUACCAAGGUUCACAAGACAAAGACUCACAAGACAAAGACCCACAAGGCCAAGAAGACCAAGAAGACCAAGGCUCACAAGGCCACCACUACCACUCCUACUAAGGAAGCCACUCCUACCAAGGAAGCCACUACUACCAAGGAAGCCACUACUACCAAGGCUGCUGCUGCUACCACCAAGGCUGCCAGCACCACUAAGACUGUCACCUCUUCUGCUGCUAUCUCCACUAUCGUUUCUUCUGACUUUGCUCAAAGUGCUUUAGAUAAUCACAACAAGUACCGUGCCAAACACCAUGUUGAUCCUCUCAAGUGGAGUGACAAGCUUGCUGCUGAUGCCUUGAAGGUUGCCAAGACCUGUGUCUUUGAGCACCAAAUCGUUGAUAACGAAGGACAAUGUCUUGCCAUGGGCUGGCCCACAAUUCAAGGUGCUGUUGAAGGCUGGUACAGUGAAGUCAAGGACUAUAAUUACAACAAGCCUGGUUUCUCCAUGGCUACUGGUCACUUUACUCAAGUUGUCUGGAAGGGUACUACUGAAGUUGGUUGUGCCUCCAACAACUGUCCCAACAAUGGUGGUAUGUACAUUGUCUGUAACUACAAUCCUGCCGGUAACUACUUGGGUGAAUUUGAUAAGAACGUUUUCCCUCCUUAAAUCAUAAAAUUACCAUUUUUAUUUUGACAAUAAAACCUUAAAGUAACACAGGACAUACUUGGAACACUUUUAUUUUUUCUGCCUU